AUGGCUACGGCAGGUGGCCGGCCCGUCCUCGGACGUCGGCGGCUAGGUGCGGCGGACGACCCAAUCACGGACGGCGGCGUGGGCAGCGGACGCAGCGGCUGGCCUAGGCUGUGGCGACGUGUAAACUGCCUUCAGAUCGUCAGCGGCGGCAUGGAGGGCCUGGUGGUCUCGUCGUCAGCACAUCCGGUCAGAUAUGUUCUGACCGAUGCGAUCGGUGGUGGUGGUCAUCUCUUCUGUCAGAGGUGCUACGCACGACAGAUCUUCCAGAGACUUCAAGUUGUGUCAGCUGGUGGUACUUGGCUGCAUGGGGCUGAGGUGUACCGGCGGCGACCGCGACGUGCUCAGCAGUUCGCGCACAGGGUGGUGGUGCCGAUGGACGCCGUGGUGGCGUUGUCGGCAGAUAGACCAGACAAGGAUGAUGCGUCAGACAUCUGGUGUCGUAUACAUUCUCUACUGCCAAUGAAAGAUGGUGCUCGAGCUGCUUGCAAUGUUGAUAGUUGGCUUCAGGCUGCUGUUACACCCGGGAUUGAAGAGCUCACUGUUCAGCUCUCUGCAGAACACCUAGAGGUGCUUGACUGCACAAGUCUGAAGGUGAUAGAGAGGGAAGCUCCAAACCUCUCCAAUUUUCAUUUCAGUCGUUAUUGCCUAAUACAAAUAUCACUUGGAGUUGCACUGGAACUGAAGAAGCUCACCAUGUCCUGUCCUCGUGCUGUCUGUUACGCUCGUGUUAAUCUUCCAUCCAGCUUCCCAAAUAUUGAAGCUCUUUCCCUAAGUUCAGUGAAUGAGGAGGUCAACACACCAAUGCUGCCUAGCAAAUUCUUACACCUCAAGUAUUUGAAUAUUGAUCUUGCUGCAAUGACAUUUUCUCCGGCCUAUGAUUAUUGUUCUCUUAUAUCCUUUCUUGACGCUUCUCCUUCUUUGGAGACGUUCAUAUUGAAUGUGUUACAGAUAAACAUGGAGCACGAGUCAGUCGUGGGAGAUACUUCAGAUUUGAGGCAGAUGCCAGGAUACCAUCAUGAAAACCUUAAGACAGUGGAGAUCAUUGGUUUCUCCUCCGCGAAGAGCCUAGUUGAGCUGACAUGCCAUAUCAUUGAGAAUACGGUGUCACUUGAGUGCCUUACAUUGGACACCACACGAGGACACAAUCCUUGCGGGAGGUGUUCAUCCAACAAAUCUGGCAUGUGUUCCUCUAUGCGCCUGUAUAUGCCGGGGGCUCGUAAAGGGCUUUUGGCUAUCAAGACAUAUGUCGAGCCAAAAAUUCCAUCCGGAUUCAAGCUAACUGUUGUGGAGCCUUGCAACCGACGUUAUGAUCUUGAACUUGCUGGAGUUUGGUGA